AUGGUUCCCGAAAGCCUACAAUUUAUAGGAAGUAUCCUCUCUUGGACACUCCGGGCAGGGUGUGCUGCUCACCUAUUUAAUGAAUAUGUUUACGAAUUCACAGAGACAAAAGGUGAGUCCAUGCUCACUACAUUGCAGGCCAACCACGACUUUGUUCAUGCAUUGAAAUCCUACCGUCUAGGAAGAAACCUAGACAUUGGAGAUCUUGUGGUUGCAACCAAGCCUUCAGACCCAGACCACAGAAUUUGUAAGCGUAUUUCGGGCAUGCCUGGAGACGUUAUUCUAGUGGAUCCAUCCAGCUCAUCAUCCAUCACCAACAGUCCCGCAAUGUGUAUACAGAAUGAUGGAUUUAACAAGUUUGUUCAGGUUCCUGAAGGCCAUGUAUGGGUUACUGGCGAUAAUCUCAGUCAUUCACUUGAUUCACGGUCAUAUUCGUGGCUUCCAAUGGCGUUGAUCAAGGGAAAGGUAGUUGCAGUGAAUUCGAUGGAUAAAGGCUUGCGGGACGAGAAUGGGAAGUUUUGGUUCUACAACUUCAGAUGGAUUGAGAAUACAUUUGUGGAUGAACCCUAG